AUGAAAGAGAAAUAUGCCCUGUUAAAAAAAAUCCUGAAUAAAAAUAAUGAUAUUAUUUCAAAUGAUACAACCAUAUCUUAUUGUGAUAAUAUUUUAUGUACAUCAUCUUGUUCAUCAUUAGAUGAAAAAUGUGAUAAAGAAGAAAUAAAUAAAUAUAACGAUUUCUUAAGAGGUACCUCUCGUUUGUCUUCUUUGAUUAAAUCACCUUAUUUAGUAUCAAUACCAUCGCAUAGAUCAUGUAAAACAUUAUUAAGUAAUGCAUCUUUUGAAUUAUCAUCACAUGAUGCUUCCUUUGAAUUAUCAUCACAUGAUGCUUCCAUUGAAUUAUCAUCACAUGAUGCUUCCAUUGAAUUAUCAUCACAUGAUGCUUCCUUUGAAUUGUCGUCACCCACUCAAUCCUUCUCAUCAUCUUCAUGUCCUCCUUCGUCUGCAUUUUCUUAUAGUUCCUAUGUUUCCUUAUCUCCUCGUAAGGAAAACGAAAAAGGUGAUAGAAAAUCGCAUGGGUGGUUAACUAAAAAAUUCAAUGGCAACAAGACUGAUGAUAAAGACAUGUGUAUACACCCAAAGAAUUCUCAUAAACAUGAUAGCCACAUUAUAAACAAAACAAAAUAUGAUUAUAAUGAAGAACAUAAAAGUGCUUAUUGUAAAAAUGGUGAUGAUAUUAAUGAUGAGGAGUACUUAAAAAGGAUGACAAAAAAUAUUGAGAACUAUAUAAGAAAAAUGAAAGAUAUGAUUUAUUACAAAAGACAAAUAAAAAAGACAAAAAAGAGAAAGGAGAAAAGAGCACGAAAAAAAAUAAAAAAAAGUGUAAAUAUAAAAAGUAUAUGCAAUGAUAAUAAUAUAAAAUGGUGUGAUAAUAUAAAUGAUAAUAAUAUAAAAUGGUUUAAUAAUAAUAAUAGUAAUUAUAAAGAUCAUAUAAAUGAUCACAAUAAUAAUAUAAAUGAUUAUAAUAUUCAUCAUUAUAAAAAGGAUAUACAGAAAUUAUAUGAAUACCUAAAUAACGAACAAAAUAAUUUGUCCACUUGUUUAUUACAAAAUCAUUAUAUUAAUAAAAACGAAAGAGACCAUAAUUUUUUUUGGAAUUGUUGUUCUGAAGAAAACAUGGAGAAACAAAGAGAAAAUGUAAUUCAAAAAAAUUAUGAUUUAAAAAAAAAAAGUAAUGAAAUAUUUAUGUCCCCAACAGAAUAUACAUAUUCUUAUAAUAAUAAUAAUAAUAAUUUGUCUUGUAUUUUUUGUGCAAGAAUAUAUUUGAUUGAUAAAAUAAUAAAAGUAACAUCUAAUACAAUAAAACCUUUAUGUAUAUGUUGUUUUGAUAUAUUAUUAAAUUUAAUUGGUAUAAAUGCAGUUAUAUGUAUUUCAUGUUUUAAAUGUUAUUUCCCCUUUGAACUUGUAAAUAAAUGUGUUAUAUGUAAUUCUUUUGACAUGAUUAAUUUAAAAACAGAAAAUAAGAGAAAUGUGAAUAUUGUUAAAAAAGAAUUACAUAUAUUUAUGGAAUUAUAUAAAUAUAAAUUUAGUGAUCAUUUUAAUUCUGACGUAUUCUUAAAUUAUUUUAUAAAUAUGAAUUAUUGUUUUAAAUAUCUUUAUUAUUAUUUUACUAUUCAUCAACAAAUAGUUAUAUCAAAUAAUUUUGUUUUGGCUAGAUAUACUCUUCCAUUUGAACAAUUACUUCAAAUUAUACAAAAGGAUAAAAAUAAAAUAAAAAAUAAAAUAAAAAAUAACAUGAAAAAAAACAAGACAAACCAAUUUUAUGAUGAUGACGAAAAAUAUAAAAAUGAAAUAAUGCAACUAAAAAUAAUAGAUACAAAAGAAAAUAAUCAUGUUAUUAAUAAUAUGAAUCAUCAUUUAAAUGAUAAUGUAAAUAAUCAUAUAAAAGAUGAUAAUAUUAAUCAUAAUAUGCCUGAUCAUAUAAAAAAUGAAUUAUAUGAUGAAUAUACAAAUAAAGUAAAUGAAUGCUACCAACUUAAUAACUUUGAAGAUAAAAAUAAAAAGAUAAUAGACAAGGAAAAAAUGGAAGAACUAAACAACAUACAACAUGAAGACACACAAGAGGAAUAUAUCCAAGAAAUAAAAAAAGAUAAUAUGAUAGGAGAAGGAAACAACAAAAACGAAAAUUAUAAAAUAAACAUUGUAGAAAUAAAUAAUGAAAAAGAACAAGUAAUAAAGGAGGAUGAAAUGAAGAACAUAAAAAAUAAUACAGUUAUUAAAGAUGAUAAAAUGGAUGAAAAGGAAGUGACUGAUGAAAUAAAUAUAGUAGAAAAAAUAAAUGUAGUUGAAAAAAUAAAUAUAGUAGAUGAAAUAAAAAUAGUAGAUGACAAAAAAGUGGUGGAAGAUAUAAAUAUAUUAGAUGAUCCAAAUAAAAAUUAUAAAGAAAAGAAUAUAAAUUUUAAUGCAGUACAUAUUAAUAAUAUAAAAAGAGAUGACAAAAAAGAUGACAAAGAUGACAAAAAAGAUGAUAGAGAUGACAAAGAUGAUAGAGAUGACAAAGAUGUUAGAGAUGACAAAGAUGUUAGAGAUGACAAAGAUGAUAGAGAUGACAAAGAUGAUAGAGAUGACAAAGAUGAUAGAGAUGACAAAGAAGAAGAUAUAUGCUCAGAUAAAGCAGACAAAGAUAUAUCCAUAGUAGAAAAAAAAAAUAAAGAUAUUUUAAAUAAAAAAAAGUCCAUAAAUAUAAGAAAUAAAUUAUAUAAGAACAAAGACAAAGGUAAUUCCAAAGAUUCAGUUGAAAAUUUCUUUUACACAUUUAGUAAAACAAUUAUAUCUCAUAUAGAAAAAUUGACAAAUAAAAAAAUGAAAUUUUCUUUUAACCAUUUUAAAAAUACUCAUAUAAAAUUAAAUGAACUGAAUUUUAACAACACUAUUAGAAAAUAUUAUGCAAAUGGUGAUUUGAUUUUGUAUUAUAUAAAAUAUUUGCAAAGGCAAGAAAAGGAAAUAAACAAAUUAUAUGAAAAUUAUAAGAGAACGGAGAAUGAUGUUGAACAUUUCAAGAGGAGAUUUAAAAUACACUAUGGAAAGGAAGCGAAUGAAUAUGACUUAAACAAAAAUAUAUAUUUGAAAUUUAAAUUAUUAAACAAAGUACAAUUAUUAUUAGAACAAAAAAUAAAAAAUUUUGACAACAUUCCAAAAAAUAGGGAAGUAUAUAAAAUAAUUAAUGAGUUUGGUGAGUUAAUAGAAGAAGUAUCCUUUCAAAAUAAUACUUAUGAAAAAAAUAAUAAUAUUAUUAUUAACUAUUAUUUAAAAAAUAAUAUAUUUAAAAAUGAUAAAUCUUUAUUAGGACAGAAGAAAAAAAAUAAUAAUUCAACAAACAAAUUAAAUGAGAAUUAUGAAUUAUUCAAAGAAAAUAUAAAUUCAGUUCUUAAUAUAUUAUUAUUUUUAUAUGAUACAUUUAAUAAAAAUAAAAAUUUAAAUCAAAUUGAUCUAUUUCAUAUCUUAAAGAAAAUCAAAAUGUUUCUAUACGAUAAAGAAAUAAAAAUAUUAUAUAGCCAUCUUAAUGAUCAUCAAGAUAAUCAUAAUAAAAAUAAUAAAACAAACAAAUCGAAUGAAAUUACAAAAUGGAAGGAAAAAAAAAAAAAUGUAGAGAAUUUUGAUCAUAUUUUAUCACCUAAUGAUAGAAGACCAGAAAUCAUAUGUAUAUUAAAUAUUAGAAAAAAAAAUAUGAAUAACUUCCUAAUAAAUAAUGAUAAAGUUCAAAUAAUCAAUAAAAAUUGUUUACAGCUCUUUAGUGAACCAUAUAAUUUUGAUUAUAUCUAUAUAAAUAAUAUUUAUUUUAAACAUUUUAUUUCAAAUAAAAUAAUAAAUAAAUAUAUUCAUAAUUUUAUUAAUAAAAAUAAUGUUGUCUUAUUCAACUUUUCUAUUAAUUAUUUAAAAAACAAGAAAAAAAUUUCGUUUUUUAAUUCCUUUCAUGAUUAUUUUAGGAAGAUAGAUAAAACAAAAAUAAAUACAACACAUAUCAAAAAUGAAUUAGUAAAAAAAAAAAAUUUAAUAAAUAAUAAUAAUAAUGAAAAUCAUCAAUAUAUAGAUGAAUAUAAAAUAAAUAAUGUACAACAUAUUAAUAAAUGUUCACAAAAAUGUAUGAACAGAAAAAAAAAAAAAAAUAAUAAAAAAUAUUCAGACAAAAAAGAUAAUAACAUUUUGUCAUGUAAAAAUAAAAAGAGUCAAGAAAAAAAUAUAAAAUAUAAAAGAAAAACUCUUUUCAAAAAAAUUAUAAAUGAAUUAAAUAAUAAAUUAAAUCAAAAAUAUUCUAAUGAAAAAUAUAAUUUAACAUUAAAUAUUUAUGCACAGAGAAAAAAAAAAAUUUAUAACAUUAAUAAAUGUUUAUUCAGAAAUGAAACGAAUAUAUAUUAUCAAAAGGAUGACAUACAUAAAAAAAAACAUAAGGUAGAAAUUAUGUUAAUUAAUAAUUAUAAUAAUAAUACAAAUAAUAAAAUAAACGAAAAAAAAAUAAUACAAAAGGAAGAUAUAAACAAAUCUAAAGAGAAUGAUGACUCUUUCCAAGACAGAAAAAAUAAUGUAUAUAAUAAAAAUAAUAUAGACCAUACAUAUUAUGAUGAAGAUAAAAAGAAUCCUUUUCUUCCUUCAUAUGGUAUGGAUAUAAAAAAUAUAAAGAAUAUAAAUAAACACAUAAACUUUAACAAUAUGAAUAAAUUUAAAAAGUCAUCUAUCAUAUUUCUCAUACAGCUUGAACUAUUUUUAACAUCUGAUGAAAAUACAAACAUUCCAAAAAAAAAAAUUUUACAUUUUACCUUAGUUGAUAUAAAUAUUCCAAUAUUGUAUAUAUUAAAAAAGAAAAAUAAUGUUAAUUAUUUUAAUGAAUUUAAAAGGAAGGAAAAUUUUGAUAAUAUUUUUAUAAACUAUAUUCAAUCCUACUUUUUUAAUACAAAUGCAAAUCAUUAUUCCAAUAAUAUAAUCACACACUUGUUUCAAAAAAAUCCUUACAUAUGUUUUCUUCUAUACAUUCAUGAUGAUUUUAUCUUUACUAAUAAUUCUGAAUAUAACAAACUUCAUCAAAUUCAUAAUCUAAAAAAGGAGAACUAUUCAAGUAAUAUGAUUUUACAGUUGUUGUAUAUAUAUUACAUGUGUAAUAUUUGUGAAUGCUUCAAUUUUAUAAAACAACACUGUUAG